UCUGACAGAGGAGGUCGCGUGCACACUUUUGAGUCACGUUGUGCGGCAUGCCGCAGCGGAUUCGAAGCGCGUAAACAGCCCGAUUUCUUGCUUCGGCCAAUUACCUCAGUCUCCACGAAGCUUCGCGAUGGAUGAGCAGCAAAAUUCUAUGUUCGAGUCCACUAGGAUCAAAACACCGAAGUCAUCAAAGAACGCACUCGGUGAGACACACGUAGAAAGUAUUAGGCAAGACCUCGAGAAUUCUCUCACGAUAGAAGGGAAGGAGGAGAGCGCCAGUCCCCCGAAAUCAGUAGCCCUGAGGGACAAACUAAGCGGUCUCAAUUCCAAGUUGUCUUCAUACGUGGUCGAUGCCAAAAAGACCGAGAGCCGACUCGCUGAAUCUUUGCGAAAAUGCAGAGUUCUCGAAGAAGCGAAUACUGCUCUGAAAGAGGAUUCCCGACAACAGAUCGAAUUCCUGCGGUCCCAGCUCGACGAACAGAUUCGCAAAACGGUUCUGGCGGAGGAGCAGCGCUACGGAGCCGAGCAGAGACUCGAACAAAGUCUGAAAUUGUCGAACCAGACAAAGUCGGAGCUCGAAUCAUGCAAGAAACGAGCUGAAGAACUCGAAGACAGUCUCAACGCUGAGCGCAGAGGAUCCAAGGCAACUCUAGCGGAGCUCGUCGAGCUCCGGGAGCAGAGGCUGCAAGAAAGAACGGAAUACAACGAAUUGAAACAACAAAUGGUGAAACUCAAGAUCGAGCACGCCGAGCUCCAGGAGCGCUUCAAAAUCAGUUCGGCUGAGCUAACGAUGAACCAAACCAAACUCGGCGAAUUCCAAAAACAGAUACAAUAUACGGCCGACGAAGUCAAAGUGAAACUCGCCGAGCAAAUGCAACGACUCGAGAAGAAGUUCUCCGACCAGAUGUCGGACAAGCUCCGAGAGAGGCAGACUGAAAUCGCUAAUCUCAAAGCAGAAAUCCAGAACAAGCUCGACAAAAUCCAACAAAUGUCUGCUAGGAUUCGAGACUUUGAGCUGCUCAGGAUUCAGCUGGACGAACAGCGCAAGAGAGCCGAGGCGGCCGAGAGCGAGGCGACUGAAUGGCGCCAGAAACUUGUCGAAAGCGAGAACAGACUUCAGCAAAGAGAAUGCGAAUACGCGAAACACUCGGAACACGAGCGCCGUCGUCGCGAGAAACUCAACAGGAAGCUCCUGACUCAGGCAAGGACCCAGGACGAGGUCCGCCAGGAGCUUGAGACGUACCGGAGGCUCAUCGAGCACCUGGACCAAGGUGGGCUGGCUGAAUGCUUCAACAUAUCGAGCCAAGAAACCGCCGCGGCCUCGCCGUCAUCACCGAAAUCGCCUCUCGGAAGACGUCAUCUACAUGGAGCGGCUCUAAAUUCGCCCGACGCGCGUUCUAUGCUUCUGCGUAAGGCGCUGACCCCGAGGAAAAGAUCGCUAUCGGGCGACUCCGACUCGUUGAUGAAGAUUUUGAACACAGGACGCAGACAAGCCCAUGAGUCGUAACUUCAUCGCAAUGUGAGGAACACGCUCCGAAGAGGAGAAGUCACGUCGACUUCUCCAACAUCUCGCAUUUUACGUGGGGAAGGAGUUCGGACUCCACUCGUGAUCCUAAAAAUCACCCUUGAUUCGCGAGAAGAUCCAUCGGACUUUCAAUACUACUACAAUAUUUGUUUACGGAGAAUAUCACCUUUUGUGCAGCAAGUGAUUCAUGUAAGAGCCCCCGAGCGUUGACUUGUGCUAGGCUCGAACUCGGUGUGACAGAUCCCGGAGUCCGGAGUGAGAAAAAUUUGCCGUGGGGAAAUAAAUGC